AUGCAGAUUCACUGUGCAGUCAACCCCAGCUUCCUAGACAUAGAGCUGCCCGUUUCUCAAGUCAUGGCUUCCACCGGCUUUGACCCUUACUUCCCCUCUACUUACAAGAGGAGAGUAGUUGUGCGCAGUGCAGGAUAUGGAGCUGGAGGAGGAAUAGGAUCUAGGUCUGCCUACUCCAGCCACUCUGCCCCAGUAACUUCUUAUGCAGCCUCACGCAGAAGUUAUCCAACACACGCCCGAGCUGUUUCCAGCUACUCCUCUGUGCUUUCUGCUCCAGUGUCUGCAGCUGCAGCCGAGCUUCGCCUUGACCAAGCCGCCCAGGUCAGCUCUGAGUUCAAAGUACUAAGGACCCAGGAGAAGGCUGAGCUGCAGGACCUGAAUGACCGCUUCGCAAGCUUCAUUGAGAGGGUCCAUGAGCUGGAGCAGCAGAACAAGCUGCUGGAGACUGAGCUCCUGCUGCUCAGGCAGAGGCAGACAGAGCCGUCCAACCUUCGGGCCCUGUACGAGCACGAGAUCCGCCAGCUCCGUGCUGCUGUGGAAGAGGCCCGCCAUGAGAAGCAAGCAGCCGAACACCACAGGGAUGAGAUGGAGGGCGUGCUGGGUAACCUGCAAAAACGCUAUGAGGACGAAGUGCUUGGCAGAGAGGAAGCAGAGGGCAGGCUUUUGGAUGUCAGGAAGGAAGCAGAUGAUGCUGCACUGGUCAGGGCCGAGCUCGAGAAAAGAGUCGGGACCCUGCUGGAUGAGCUGGCCUUCCUGAAGCGCCUCUGCGAGGGUGAGAUUGCAGAGCUGCAGGCCCAGAUACAGUACAGCGCAGAAGUGUCAGUAGAGAUGGAGGUCGCCAAACCUGACCUAUCCGCUGCUCUCCGUGACAUCCGAGCCCAGUAUGAGAAGCUCGCCCAUCGCAACCUCCAAUCGGCCGAAGAAUGGUUCUGCGACAAGGUGAAUGUGUUGACAGUAGGCGCUUCUCGCAACACAGAGAGUGCACGUAGCGCCAAGGAUGAAGCUGGAGAAUACCGCCGGCUCCUGAGUGCUAGGACGCUGGAGAUUGAUGCGUGCCGUGAGAUGAAUCAAGCUCUGGAAAACCAACUACAGGAUGUGGAGGAGAAACAGAGUGCUGAGAUCUCUGCACUGCAGGAUACAAUAAGUCAACUGGAGGAUGAGUUGAGGGCAAAUAAAAAUGACAUGGCUCGCUACUUGAAGGACUAUCAAGACCUCUUGAAUGUGAAGAUGGCCUUGGAUAUUGAGAUUGCAGCCUACAGGAAGCUCCUCGAAGGAGAAGAGAACCGUUUUAAUGUGGCGGGACCAGGGUCCUUCAACGUUUACUCCCAAGCCAUGUACGCUGCUCCGUCAUUUGGGAGAAGCCAGUUCUCUGUGCAGCCUCAGCUGAGCUCUGCAGCUCCCUACCUGUACAGCUCCCGCUUGUAUACUUCAACACUCUCCACAGAGGAGACAAUAUCAGCAAGCCAAGCACAGCAGGCUGAGGCCAGCCCUUCUCAAGAGGAAGAGGAGGAAGCAGAGAAGGUGGAAGAGGAAGAGAAGGAGGAGGAGGAAGAAGAGGAAGAGCAGGUUGAAGUGGAAGAGAAGGAGGAGGAAGAGGAAGACGAGGCAGAGGAAGAGAAGGAGGAAGAAGAGGGCGAAGCAGAGGGGGAGGAGGAGGAAGAAAAGGAGGAGGAAAAACAAGAAGAAGGAGAGGAAGAAGCAGAUGGCGAAGAGGGUGAGGCAGAGGAGGGAGAAAAAGAAGACGAGGAGGAAGGAGGAGAGGAGGCCCCAUCUCAAGAUGAGGAGGAUGCUGAGCAGAAAGAGGAGGAGAAGGAGGGCGAUGAUGAGGGCGAAAAGGACGAGGAAGAAACUGAAAAACAAGAAGAGGUGGAAGAGAAAAAAGAAAAAGCAACUGAUAAAAAAGUUUAAAUUCAAAUGCUUUAAAAACAACAUGCUAGCUGAAGGAUGUCUUCUCUGGUGCUCUAUGUGUUCAGAGAUUUCUCUCAAUUCAGAUUCUCUUAAAAUCAGAAGACAACUUGAUUGACCAACAGCAUGCAUGCUAACUGUACCAGCAAUGAAAUGAAACAUUAUAAAAGCUAAUCAAUAAACAGAUGAAGUCAGGAUGUGACAAGUGAAAAGAAAUUCUGCUAUGAGGAGAUUUGUUUGCAAACACCUGCGUGCUUUACCGUCACCAAUACAUGCCUGUACGACUCUGUAUGUGCAAUAACCUGUUGGAAAUGCCUUAUUCUUCACUUUAAAAUCCAUAAUGUGCUGCACUAAACUCUAAUAAAGCCUUGAAGCCUUGUCAACCCAGAGCUGGCCCCCGGGCUUUUCAUUCUGCACAUAUCAACAGGAGCAAUUGUAAUGUAAAAUGUCGGAUCAAAUAAUAUUCAACAGAAAUAAAUGCCUUGCCAUAAAAUUA